AUGGAGACCGAGAUGCAGGCGGCGCUGAUGAAGGCCGCAAUGUUCGUGCUGGUGCAGGCGCUGGUGUACCUCAUCCUGUCGCAGUCCUCCGCCGUGUUCUCGCGCACCAAGAGCCUCGGCCUCCGCCCCGCGCGGUCGCUCAGUCUCAGCGCGCGCCGCAUGCUCGAGCUGCUCUCCGACCUGCCGAUCGCCGGGGAGCCCUCGCCCGUCGCCGCCAUCGGCCGGACGCGGUCCGCCUCGUCGCCCAGGCUCCCCGCCGACCGGAAGCAGGAGGACAGAGGCCGGUCUGUGGCGCGGGCUUCACCUAGACCGGGAGGGACCCUCUGA